AGAGACAAACACAGAGGCAGGGGAGGGAGUGGGGAGAAUAGACAUAGGAGCUCGGUAGUCAUCAAGUCACAAACAGUCUGAUCCCACACUGUAGAGAUAUACUGCUAUACCCGCAGAUCCUGGUCAUACAUUCUACAGAAUCUACCUGCGAACCUACAAAAAAACAUUAGAACUUUUCUUACCGGGUUGAAUCUGGGAAAUGGCUUGGUCAUUUUACUCCAUUUCAACAUCAAAUUGAGGUGUAACCUCUAAACCUACUGGAUGGCUUGACUUCCAAAUGCAGCACUCUCCCUGUAGUGUCCCCUAAGGAGCCUGGUUUGGAUACUUGGAAAAGAAAAAAAAGAGGUCAAAGUGGACGGAUGCUGGUGAAUGCCCCAUGGCAGCGGUUACCUUAGUUCAUUCAUCAAGUACAAGCUAUGACCUGGAAGCGUUUUUUAGAAUGAAACGAGGUAGAUUGACUGUUGCUUUUGACAGCCAAAUUGUUGAAGGACCAAAAAGAUUAAAGAAACAAAAAAAGGACACUCUGUCUCCUAAACUUCAGAAAUCUCAAAUGCAGUCCUGCAGACUGGACUGGGGGAGUCUGCCGCACCAUGUAGUCUUGCAUAUCUUUCAAUACCUUCCACUAGUUGAUAGGGCUCGUGCAUCAUCUGUUUGUCACCGUUGGAAUGAAGUUUUUCAUAUUCCUGAACUAUGGAGAAAAUUUGAGUUUGAACUAAACCAGCCGGCUACAUCAUACUUGAAGUCUACACACCCUGAUCUCAUCCAGCAAAUCAUUAAAAGACAUGCUGACCACCUUCAGUAUGUUAGCUUCAAGGUUGAUAGCUGCACAGAAUCAGCAGAAGCUGCUUGUGACAUUCUCUCUCAGCUUGUAAAUUGUUCCAUUAAAACUCUUGGAUUAAUAUCAACAGCAAAGCCCAGUUUCAUGAAUGUCUCCAAGUCACAUUUUGUGUCUGCACUCACUGUAGUCUUUGUCAACUCAAAGUCGUUGUCUUCAAUAAAGAUUGAUGAUACUCCCGUGGACGACCCUUCCUUGAAAGUUUUAGUUGCUAACAACAGUGAUACUUUGAAGCUAUUGAAAAUGAGCAGCUGUCCUCAUGUAUCACCUGCUGGAAUAUUGUGUGUGGCUGAUCAGUGUCAUGGAUUAAGAGAACUCGCCCUGAAUUAUCAUCUUUUAAGCGAUGAAUUACUCUUGGCACUUUCAACUGAAAAACAUGUUCGUCUUGAACACCUUCGUAUUGAUGUAGUUAGUGAAAAUCCAGGUCAAACGCAAUUUCACACCAUAAAGAAACAAAGCUGGGAUGCCCUUAUCAGGCACUCUCCAAAGGUCAAUAUUGUUAUGUACUUUUUCCUAUAUGAAGAGGAAUUUGAUGCAUUUUUCCGAGAGGAGACUCCAGUUACUCAUCUCUACUUUGGCCGAGCUGUGAGCAAGGCUAUGCUAGGUCGUAUAGGUAUGAACUGUCCCCGACUAAUCGAACUUGUGGUUUGUGCAAAUGGACUUCAGCCUUUGGAUGAUGAGUUGAUUCGUAUAGCUGACCGUUGCAAAAACUUGACUGCCAUUGGACUUGGAGAGUGUGAAGUGUCCUGCAGCGCAUUUGUUGAGUUUGUAAAAAUGUGUGGAAGAAGACUGACACAACUCUCUAUUAUGGAGGAAGUACUUAUUCCAGACAACAAGUACAAUCUGGAGCAAAUCCAUUGUGAAGUUUCAAAGUACCUUGGAAGAAUGUGGUUUCCAGAUAUGAUGCCAACUUGGUAGACCAAAGAAGUUUAUGACUUAGGAAGUGUCUUACUUUUGCUUGCUAUGCAAUUACAAGUUACAAAAAUAGAGAAUAUGUUAUAUUAAGUUGUACUUACAAAGCAAACAAAAUCAUUUCAAAACGAACCUUACCCAACAUCACAUAUAAUGCAAUUUUUAUAUUAUUUAUAGAGGGUACUGGGCUAGUCAUAUAUCGUCUAAAAUGUACAGCUGGUAUCGAUAGAUUUUUUUGUAAUUGUGCCUGGUAUUCUGAGAAAUAUGUAAACGUGCAGAUAAUUAUUUAAGUUCUUUGUAGCUCUAAAAAGAAGAUUAUACCAUUGAUGCUGUAUUGCAUAGAAAAGAAUGUGCAGCCGAAAUUUAAGGCAAUAACUAUGCUUACCACUCACCAAUAUGCUGCAUCACUGUAUGUGAUAACGUGUUAUAUGGUUUGCUUGUAGAAUAGCUGUCUCUUAUUUCUCAGAGGGCCCAUGAAAUACCCAGCUUUGAUACUUGAUAUUGAAGUGUUCAAUUGCUAUUAUUGUGCUACUCAUGGAGUGCAAAAAUGCAAUAUAAUUUAACAGGAAAAAAUGUUGCUAAUCUACAAGACAGUCACAGUAUACAACACUCAACAUUAUCCAUCAGGAUGUUUGUAAAGUAGACAUUUUCCUCAUGUUGGAAGGUCCGAACCCCCCCAGCCGGUUCAUCAUCAGACCCAGGGGAGAAAGCCUUGUGUCUAGUCGCCCCGAUACCUCUGCACUGGAAUUGGUUCAGGCCUGUGCUCUCUCAGCCCGACUCUAGUCACCUCCCAUCCCCGACUCUUCUAUCAGUCUCUUUCCUUAUCACCUCCCUUCUCCCUCGGUCUCCGUUACUGGGCCAGGAAAGCUGCUGGACUCCCACACAACGCUCCACAGUCGGUGUGCCGGCCCCGAGUGACGGUUCCCUGGGGAUGAGGGUCAGUUUACGGAAGACAAGAAAAGAACCGAGACAUCGGGAAGCUUCCACGGCCAGCAACGCAGCCAGGCCUGACAAAUGGGAGCCAGCGGCAGCAGGCGUUACCAAUAUUGUAUAAAGCAUGGAACUGGUAGGUUCUCGAGAACAGACUAGCUCUUGCUAAUAGAUGGGUUGGGGAACCUUUCUAUUAACUAUUUUCUAAAUAAGGAGACUCAUGCAUGAAACUCACUGGGUGUCAAAUGGUUGCCUCAGCAACUGUACCACCCAGGGUGGCCUGUGUCGCUCCACACUUGAUGUAAAGAUUGGGCAGGUGCUGAAAUUUGUAUCUACACUUUCAUUACCUUAUAGUCCUAAGCAUCAAAAAUUACAGGCAAAAGGAAGCUAUUGAGCAACAUUGUUAUACGAUGCCAAGAAUUUGUGGGUUUAAUGACCCAAACUGACAGUAACAUGGAUCCCUAAUGCACUGAUGAGAGACUGACUUAAUACUCUGAAGGGAGCAGCUGGAAAAGGAACUUUGAGGGGUGGUAACACUAGAAAAUGGCUUAUAUUUUAACAGUUGAAUUGGAGGUAUACAUUAAUACACAUUUACUAGUUUGUUUAUAGGUCUGUAUAUACCGUAUAAGAUUAGAAUAAUUCUGCUGCAGUGAUUCUGUAGGUACAUACGUAUUUAUUAAAAUAAAAUGCAGUUUGUAAUAUUUAUAUAGCAUAAUGUCAAUGCCUUUUUUGUUUUUCAUAUUCAUUCUGCUUCAUAUUACCUUUUUGUGUUCUUAGAUGCUUAAAGAAAAUAAUAUCUUACAAUAAUUUUAAGAUAUUACAUAAAAUCUAUUAGGUAAGCAAGAGCAUGGUUCAAAACAUUAUGCAGAUUAAGGACAUUAUCCAGUUGUCCACAAGCUUUUGUCCGACUUGUGAGCAGCACCUUUUUUUUUGUUUUUGUGUCUUUAACUUCUCUGUAUUAAUCUCUGAAACACAUGUAUAGAAAUGAGACAUUCAUAAUUUGAUACAAGUGUCAUGAAGUAUCAUAUUUUAAAUCAGACCCAUUAUAACAUUUCCAUUUUGUUUGUUUUGUGUACGUUAUUGAUCAUAAACGGAGCUUAGUGUCUUUGGCUUAUCACAAACUGCCUGCAAAUUUGUUUUCCUAAAAGGUUUUUAUUGCAUUUCAUCUUGAGUUAAAGAUUAGUAACGCUUCCCUAUUAGAGAGCUGGAGAUAACAAAGCGAGAAGCGGAGCUCUGUGAUACAAUACAUUUCAUAACAUAUAAAAUACACAAUAAACUGGUGUGUACGUAACCUAGAUUAACACCCUGUUGAAAAACAAAAAAAUGGGACUCCUGAUAGGAUGCACAUAUGUAUGAAGAAAAUAGUAACUCAUGGUACCAUGGUGGA